CGUCGCCCGUCCAGUGUCUGUUCUCUGACUGAGGCCCAGCCCCCUUCGCCCGUGCCCGUCACCAGCGUCGCCAGCAUGUCUGACAAACUGCCCUACAAAGUCGGGAGACUGUUACCGUUUUAUGGUGAGAAUCCUGAGUCAGAGGUAACUUGCCCCCAGUCUUACAGCUGGUGGUGAUGGAGCAAGAUUGGAAGGCAGGCCAUCUAGACCUGUGAGCGUACCACCCUUUUCACCACUGCGCAAGCGAAUACACGCGGAACAAUCCUAAUGAGUUUUCAGCAAAUAAAACUGACAUCGGCCUGGCUGACUGGGGACGCAAGGCUCUGAACAUUGCGGAGAAUGAGAUGCCGGGCCUGAUGCGCAUGCGUGAGCGGUACUCAACUUCCAAGCCGCUGAAGGGCGCCCGCAUCGCCGGCUGCCUGCACAUGACGGUGGAGACGGCUGUCCUCAUUGAGACCCUGGUCGCCUUGGGUGCUGAGGUGCGGUGGUCUAGCUGCAACAUCUUCUCCACCCAGGACCAUGCGGCAGCUGCCAUUGCCAAGGCUGGCAUUCCAGUGUAUGCCUGGAAGGGCGAAACGGAUGAGGAGUACCUGUGGUGCAUUGAGCAGACGCUGUACUUCAAGGACGGGCCCCUCAACAUGAUUCUGGACGACGGAGGCGACCUCACCAACCUCAUCCACACCAAGUACCCACAGCUCCUGCCGGGCAUCCGAGGCAUCUCUGAGGAGACCACGACCGGGGUCCACAACCUCUACAAGAUGAUGGCCAAUGGGAUCCUGAAGGUGCCUGCCAUCAACGUCAAUGACUCUGUCACCAAGAGCAAGUUUGACAACCUCUAUGGCUGCCGGGAGUCCCUCAUAGAUGGCAUCAAGCGGGCCACAGACGUGAUGAUUGCCGGCAAGGUAGCAGUGGUAGCAGGCUAUGGCGAUGUGGGCAAGGGCUGUGCCCAGGCCCUGCGGGGUUUCGGGGCCCGCGUCAUCAUCACCGAGAUUGACCCCAUCAACGCACUGCAGGCCGCCAUGGAGGGCUAUGAAGUGACCACCAUGGAUGAGGCCUGUCAGGAAGGCAAUAUCUUCGUCACCACCACAGGCUGUGUUGACAUCAUCCUUGGCCGGCACUUUGAGCAAAUGAAGGAUGAUGCCAUCGUGUGUAACAUUGGACACUUUGAUGUGGAGAUCGAUGUCAAGUGGCUCAACGAGAAUGCUGUGGAGAAGGUGAACAUCAAGCCGCAGGUGGACCGGUACCGGCUGAAGAAUGGGCGCCGCAUCAUCCUGCUGGCGGAGGGUCGGCUGGUCAAUCUGGGUUGUGCCAUGGGCCACCCCAGCUUCGUGAUGAGUAACUCCUUCACCAACCAGGUGAUGGCGCAGAUUGAGCUGUGGACUCACCCUGACAAGUACCCCGUUGGGGUUCACUUCCUGCCCAAGAAGCUGGAUGAGGCAGUGGCUGAAGCCCACCUGGGCAAGCUGAACGUGAAGUUGACCAAGCUGACAGAGAAGCAGGCUCAGUACCUGGGCAUGUCCCGUGAUGGCCCCUUCAAGCCGGAUCACUACCGCUACUGAGAGCCAGGUCUGCGCUUUGCCUUCCAGCUGCUGUCCUUGCCCAGGCCUCGCCUCUCCUCCCUAAGAGCAAACGGCACCAACUUUGUGAUUGGUUUGUCAGUGUCCCCCAUGGACUCUCUGGGGCUAGUGACUCAGUUUUUGGCCUCUGCUGCAGCCCUCAUACCGUUCAGGUGUGGCAGUGGGAACUGAGAGGCCUCUCCUUAAGCCCUGGUCAUGAUGGAGGUAUCAGCCAUGAGAACCAUGAGCUCAGUGGUCUUGGAACUGCACACCUUCCUUAGCCUUGAAGUCAGUAGUGGAGUCACAAAGCCCAUGCAUAUUUUGCCAUCUAGGCCUUCACCUGGUCUGUGGGCUUAGACCUAUGUGCUUGGUUUACAGGUCCAGUGGUUCCUAAGCGCAUGACAGAUAGAUGACAAAGAAGUAUACUGAAGGGCAAAGAGGAACUGUUGUUUGAAUUUUCCUCAGGGCCUGGCUUAGUGCUGGGCCUUCUCUUAAACCUCAUAACAAUGAGGUUAGUACUUUUAGUCCUUGUUUUACAGGGGUUAGAAUAGACUGUUAAGAGGCAACUGAGAAAGAACAGAAAAGUGACAGUUAGAGGUUGAGAGGGGCCAGAAAAAUAUAAAAACAGGCAUAGCUCUGCCACCACUUUGUAACCAGAUGGUUUCUAU